AUGAGCCAAGUCGCAAUCAUCACAGGCGGUACAAGUGGCAUCGGCUUAGACGUUGCCCGAAAAUUGGGUGAGUCUGGUGCUUGGCAUGUCCACAUCAUCGGGAGCAGCUCUCAACGAGGCCGAGAAGCUGCAAGCUCGGUCCCAAAUACAACAUACAAUCAAGCAGACGUUCGGAAUUACCCUGAAUUGGCAAAGACAUUUGCCCGUGUAUUCGCCGAGUCCGGUCGGAUAGACUUUGUCUUUGUAAAUGCAGGAGUAGCCGAAUCGCAUGAUUUUUUUGCGCCGCACACGGAGGCAGAUCUCCCACCGGAGCCACCGAUUGGUUUGAUCCGUAUCAAUCUAGAUGGAGCGAUGAACACGGCGUAUUUGGCCAUGCACUACUUUCGUCGAUCUCCCAUUCUGGCACCUGGUAUGAAGAAUUUGAUUUUCACAGCCAGUAUCGGUGGUCUGUAUCCGUGCGCUCUUACGCCGGUAUACUCCGCAACCAAACAUGGAAUAGUUGGGUUCGCUCGGUCAAUCGCAGACAAGCUUUGGGGAGAGGGUGUACGGGUCAAUACAAUAUGUCCUGGAGUAGUCAAGACGCCACUCUUCACUGACGACUUUGAGGGGGUUUUCCCUAAAGAGGUGGAGAUUCCCAUUCACAUUGUCACCAACUUGAUAUUAAGCUUGCUCACUGGCGACGAGAUGGUCGAUGCUAAGGGCUGUGCUGUGCCCUCGAACGCAUUGUUUUCCAAGACACUGCACAUCUCUGGUGAGAAAUUCUACUUCAUCGAUCAACCCGAAUUUCACGAUGAGCAGGGACGCUUGACGUGGAAGGCAAUGAUGGAUCGAUGGGACAAAACAUGA